AUGGCUUCUAUCCAUGGAUUAUCAGCUGCCAGUCUUAUCAAAAUUGCAAGAGCAAGUUUCAAUAAAAUUGCUUCCCUGGAAUGGUUUGAUCUCUCUGUGCUGAACAAAUUCUUCAAUGAUGGUUGCUUUAAUCUUUCUGGUGAUGAGAUAAAAGACGUAGAGCUUGCAAUUCUUCUGCUAGCUUCUGCUGACAAGGUUGACAGCCGACAGUUUGAACAUGCACGAAAGUUCCUAAACUUGUGUGAUUUCUUGUCUUCCAAUGCUGGAAGUUCAAUACAAAGGGUGGUGCAUUAUUUCAGUAAGGCUCUUCGAGAGAAGAUGGAUGGAGAAACUGGGGCAACCACAUCAAAGGCUGGGGAAAGCAGGGGAGGAGAACUAUCGCAUCCAGAUGAGACAAUGGUGAGUUUGAACCCUGCUCUCAUUACAUGUUCCCUAAAACUUCCCUUCGUUCAGGUUACACAGUUUGCUGGACUCCAAGCAAUCAUAGAAAAUGUAGCCUCAGCAAAGAAGGUUCAUUUCAUUGACCUUGCAAUUAGAAGUGGAGCACAAUGCACAGCCUUGAUGCAAGCUCUUGCAACUCGUGAUGAAUGCUCGAUUGAGCUUCUAAAAGUAACUGCUGUCGGGACAACAUCACAGACAAAGAUGAAAGAGACAGGUAAAAGGCUGGCCCGUUUUGCUGAAGCAUUAAACAUACCCUUUUUGUUUAACACUGUCAUGGUGACAGACCUCAAAGACAUCAGUGAAGAUAUGUUUGAGUUAAAUGAUGAUGAAGCUGUAGUCGUCAGCUCCCGAUUUCUGCUGAGACAUACUUUAACACAAUCUGAUUGCUUGGAAUCUAUAAUAAGAGUGGUUAAGAACCUCAAUCCAUGCAUUGUGGUAAUCACAGAGUUUGAGGCAGAUCACACAUCUCCGAUUUUCAUGGAACGCUUUUCUGAAGCAUUGUCUUUCUAUACUACAUAUUUUGAUUGCCUCGAAGAUUGUUUUGAUCGGUGUGAUCAAAACAGGACGAUUUUGGAGGCUGCAUACUUGGGUCUAGAGAUCCGAAAUACUGUUGCAGCAGAGGAUGAAGAUAGGAUUUUCCGGGACAUGAAAAUUGAAGCCUGGAGAACCUGUUUGACGAAUUUGGGGCUGGUAGAAGUAGAGCUAAGUUCAUCAUCUUUGUAUCAAGCAAAUUUGGUGGCCACACAGUUUGCUCCUGGAAAUACUUGCACAUGUUGUAGGAAUGGGAAGUCCCUAGUUGUCAACUGGAAAGGGACACCAAUUCUUUCUCUUUCCACUUGGAAAUUAUUUGAACAAAGCAAGCCAAGAAGGAAUUGCAAUGUAAAACGCAAAUCUCUCGGUGACCCAGCUCUGUAA